AUGCACAACUUAAUUCCGUCUUCUUUGUUCAACUGUCCUCCCUGAAUUUCAUAGUUUGCUGAACAUCUUCUGCAAAUACUGUUCGAGAUGAUCCGACCAUCUUUCUACUUUGCAGUUUUCGGUAUUGUUAUGUUAAUUUUACCAGCAGUUGCAGAUGAUCCUUUGAAAAUAACGCAACAACUUCUAGAUAUAUUAUUACAAUUGAACAAGUUGGGGACAAGCACUGAGGCCGCAUUACAGGACUUGGCGUCACAUUUAGAAAGUUUAAAAUCUCAGACAGUCUUUGGUGCAAAUUACGUACGCUGGGGGAGAACUACCUGUCCAUCGGACAAUAAAUUAGCAUAUAAAGGUCAGGCUGCGGGCUCGUCGUGGAAGCAUCCGGGCGGAGCAAGUAAUUUCCUGUGUUUGACAGAUGAACCACAAUGGGGAUUAUACGAAGAAGGCGCCGAUUCUGGGGCCCAGGUUUUCGGAGCUGAAUAUGAGUUCAAAGAUUUCCAUCCAGAUAAAGGAAGUAAAUAUUUCAAAAAGGAUCUGAAUGACCAUGAUGCUCCGUGUUCAGUGUGCCAAACUCCGCGUUCCUCUGUAUUGAUGAUCCCUGGUAGAAACGAAUGCUUCCCAGGCUGGACUAAGGAGUACAGCGGGUACCUUGUGGCAGGGGGAAAACACCAUACGUCUGCCUCAGAAUUUAUUUGCCUGGAUGGUGACGCAGAAAAGAUAUUACCAGGACUAGGUAAUACAGAUGGGAAAGUUAUGUACUUGGUGGAUGCUAUGUGUGGCACUUUAAGAUGCCCACCAUAUAUCCAAGGUCGCGAGCUGACAUGCGUUGUUUGUAGCAAAUAAACUACAUCAAGCAAAUUGAUAUAGACUACAAUUCUAUAUAACAUUUCACUUACAUUUAAUUUUAAUCAUAUUAAGUUGGAAAUACUUUCUAAAAAUG